AUGAAAUUCCUGAUCCCCGUUGCGCUGUGCUUGGUGGCCGUCUGUGUUGCCCCACCUCCACCACCACCUGGAGGCCAACAACCACCUCCACCACCUAGAGGAGGUCAACCACCUCCACCACCUGGUGGUAAUGGAGGACCUCGACCUCCACCACCCCCACCACCAAGAGGAGGCUCACCUCCACCACCUCCACCACCCCCACCAAAUGGAGGAUCUCCACCACCCGGUUCUCGACCACCACCACCAACUGGUUCUCCACCACCUCCACCACCGAACGGAGGAUCCCCACCACCCGGCUCUCGCCCACCACCACCACCAAACGGAGGAUCUCCACCACCCGGCUCUCGUCCUCCUCCAUCACCAACUGGU